AUGGACACCGAGCGACUGUGUGGAGUGGCUUAUCCGUGGCUUAACGACUCGGCCGCUCGGGAGGCGUCGAUUGAGGGCUGGCAUCAGCUCCUCGGAAGCAAGAUCCUAGUGCUAGAGAUCGACUGCAACCAUUUUGAAGUGUUUGAUGCUGCUCAUGUCGCUGAUGUUUCUAAGAAGCUAGAACAAGCAUGUCAAAUCUUGUGUUCGGGUCAGCUGAGUUAG